CCUGCGCGGGAGCGGAAAACGUGCAUCCGAGUGUGCGGAAAAGGAAAGGAGCAGUGUGUUUUCUUAUUAACAAUUCUGAUAUACUAUCGAUUUUUCGAACCGCAGCAAAUAGCCUGCUUCCCCGUGGAAGUCUCUAAACGCUAGAGCUUGGUGAUACGUCCAACAUGACUCGAGAUUGGAAACCUGGCGAUCUGAUUUUUGCCAAGAUGAAGGGUUAUCCACACUGGCCUGCAAGAAUCGAUGAAGUACCCGAUGGUGCAGUGAAGCCAUCCAACGUCAAGUUUCCAAUUUUCUUCUUUGGCACCCAUGAAACUGCAUUUCUUGGCCCCAAAGACAUUUUUCCAUACCUCCCUAACAAAGAGAAGUAUGCCAAGCCUAACAAGAGAAAAGGAUUCAAUGAAGGAUUGUGGGAGAUUGAGAACAACCCAAAAGUAGAGCUUACUGCACCCAAGCCGGUUCCCCCUCAGUCUUUUGGUGAGAAGGAUUCAGACAGCAGUCCAGAAGGAGAAGAGGAUGCAGAUGACAAGGUGAUCAAAGCCAAAGUUCCAGGAAGUGAGGCUGAGCAGGAGAAUGAGAAUGAGGAGGAGGAGGAGGAGGAGGAGGAGGAGGAGGAAGGGUCUCUGAUCUCUGAGCAGGGUCAUCAGGACCAGGAUGACUCUGCUCAGAAAGAAUCACCAGAUGUACCUAAACCCAAGCGAGGAAGAAAGAAAAAGAACAAUGCUGACCAGGAGAAUGACAAAGAUGAUGUACCAGCAAGUCCUGUUAGUCCCACCGGUGGAGAAGGCCCUAAACGAAGAGGCAGGAAGCCCAAGAGCGAGAAGUUGCUUUUGCUUCAGCAGCAGGAACAGCAAGGCUCCGGCAGUGAAAUGGAGAUUGGAGAGUCAGACAAGAAGCGAAAGAGGACAACAGAGGACAAGACCCAAAGUGGAGAGGAAGAGAAGAGGAGGAAGAAGGAAGGAAAGGACACAGAAGUAAAGGAGCCCGAAGCUAAGAAGAAGAAGUCCAAGGAUGAUAGUUCCUCAGGUUCUGACGAUGAAGAGAAAAAUAAAGGCAGAAAGAAACAGCAAAAUGCAGAUGUGGACAAAGAUGUGCGGCGGCGGAAAGCUGAUGAAUUGAGAGAACCAGGUAGAGAUGAAGAGAAGAAAAAUGAAGAGAGGACAGGAGCCAAGAAAAAAGAAAUGUCAACUGACUUGAAACUGCAGAGACUGCACAGUGAAAUCAAAAUUUCACUGAAAAUUGACAACCCUGAUGUGAAGAAGUGUCUGGAUGCAUUAGAUGAGAUUGGUGCCCUUCAGGUCACAACCCAGCAUCUGCAGAAACACAGCGAACUCAUCGCCACGCUCAAAAAGAUUCGCAGAUUCAAAGCAAGCCAGGAUAUCAUGGACAAGGCCACCAUGUUGUACAAUAAGUUUAAGAGCAUGUUUCUGGUUGGAGAGGGUGACUGUGUGCUCAGCCAGGUGCUGAACAAAUCUUUAGCUGAGCAACGGCAGCACGAAGAAGCAAAGAAAGGAGCGCUGAAGAGGGUUGAACAAGCCAAAGAAAAUAAUUCGGACAAAGUGACAAAUGGUGAUGUCGGCCCCGACGAGAAGAAGCAGGAGAUGGAGAGAGAGAGGCUUCCCGAAGAUGCUUCAGCAGGAGAGAAUCAAAGUGCCCCAAAAGCUCAGGAGGAGUCCACUUGAGUGUCUUGCAGGCCUGAAGAAAGGAGAUUUGCUGCUGUAAAACUGGGCUGAUCACAUGAGAUCUCACGCCCAGUUUGUGACUGAUGACAUCCGCUGGUUUCCAGUUUAAUUGAUUUUUUUUUGUUGUUGUUUUUUCUGCAUUGCUGCUGCUGAAAGCUUUCAUCAGCCCAACCCCAGGAUCGCGACUGAUUGCAUAUAUUUUAAUUUCAUGCUGUCUGUAAUCUUUAACUUCUAGACACCUUAUGCUUAGAUGCAUCUGUUUGAGUAGCGACACGACUUGUAAAUCUGCAACCUUGAGUUUGUCAAACUUUAACGAGGAUGGGAGAGUGUUAG